AUGCAAAAGUUUCCGCAGGUACGACGUUUUUGGCAAACUAACGAAAAUCGAUCUCGAGAAUCUUACGAUCGGGAGACGCACGCGCUUCAAAAUAUUAAAUCGGCACAAAGUUUCAGAGAAAAACGACUUUUUCCACUGUUCACCGUGGUAAGGUUUGAAAAUAAUAUUUGCGGUGGUUUGAACGGUGAAAAUGGUACAUGCAUAUCAGCGACGGAAUGUUCACAACGUGGUGGUAUAUCCAGUGGAAUUUGUGCUAACGGUUACGGGGUCUGUUGUAUCGAUUAUUAUUUUGAAGUAAUGGUCUCGUGCGGACAAACAAUUAACGAUAAUAAUACAUACUUUGUUAAUCCAAAUUAUCCAUCGACAUUCGAUGGUACCGAGUCGUGUCAAUUGACGUUAUUGAAGUCAAAUCCAGAUGUGUGUCAAUUUAGAUUAGAUUUUGUACAAUUUAUGAUAAGAGGACCCGAGACGACGAACAAUUUGUGCACGUACGAUCAAUUUAUUGUCUCCGGUGGUAAUCCAGUGCCAACCAUUUGUGGAACCAAUAAUGGCAAUCACAUGUACAUUGACGCUGGUGUAGGCCAAACUAAUCCCAUUACACUGACAUUCGUCACGAGCGGAAAUUCCUUUCCACGAUCCUGGAAAGUCCGAAUAUCACAGAUUCGUUGUAGUACAAUUUACAGAGCUGAAGAAGGUUGUUUGCAAUAUUUUACCGGUGUAUCAGGACAAAUAAAAUCAUUCAAUUUUGAUCCGACGACAGGAUUGCAAUUGUCCAAUCAGGAUUACAGUAUAUGUAUCAGAAUGGAAAAAAACUUUUGUGGUAUACAAUAUAUGCCCUGUUCUGACGAAGGUACUAUGGUAACCAGUGGGCCAGGACAAAUGUCUCGUAGUAACGCGUUUACUUUAACGGGUAAUACUCAAGGAACGCAAAUAGCUUCGAUGACAGGUGCCGCAUGUCAAACAGACUACCUGAUGAUACCUUGUGCGAUUAACGCAGGUAGAACUCCUUCGAUGUCAAUCACCUGUGUUGACAGAUUGUGCGGCGGUACGUUUAAUGCCGAGAGUCAAAACUUAAACUCAUCUUCGGUCAUUAGCACUGUUAAACCUUUCAGAUUAAUAUUUCAUACGGAUGCAAUAGAAGCACCGAAUGAUGUUGGAAAUAGAGGUUUUUGUUUAAAUUAUGUUCAACAACCGUGCACGACAAAAUUAAGGUAAGGUAUUUUUGAGGUAUACAUCCAAUUGGAAAAUGAAAGAAUGGAAUUAUUCAAAUCCUUAGGGGUCCACAGUUUAUUUCAAGAUCUUUCCAAAUAUUUUAUAAGUUUUCUUAAUCAAUACUAGGACGAUGUUAAUCCGAUUAAAAAAUAGGAUCUCGCGGAUAUUAUAUUAUCUUUUAUAUCUGUUUUUUUUCUUCUUCUUCUUCUUAUUUUGUUGCAAGUAAACGUACAUUGUACGCUUGUACAUUUUUUUUUUAUCUCAGACAUAUAAUUCAUUUUAUUCGAUUAUUUUAUUACGCUCACACUUUUUUGAUUUAUGUAUUUUUUUUAUUCUUUCUCUUUAUUUUGUCUUCUUUUUUUUUUCCUGUUGCACCUAUUAUCUAAAGAAAUGAUCAAUCAGACUUUAAACCAACCAACCAUGCGAAUCGUAAAUACACGUGUAACAUACGACAAUAGUGCAUCUUUUAGAUAUAAUAUAUUUUCACACAAUAACACGACGAUAUAUGUGUGUGUAUAAACAAAUUUUCCUGUAACUGGUUGAUACAAACAAACUUAAAGUAUGAUUAUUCUACAUGAUUAAAAAAAUCAGUCGAAAAGUCAUAGACUCAUAAGUCUUUGCAUUUGAGAUUAUUAAACGUAAGUUUAAAAAUUUAUCGAGUAUUACGUAUACAUUUAUUUCAAUUUCAAUUCGAUAAAUUUGACUAUUUUAUUCUCGGAUAUUCCGAAGAAUCAUUUUUAUGCUUCUUAAUAUUUUGACAAAAAUUGUCGAUAUGAUCGAAUCUCUUGUACCGAUUUUACUCUUAUGUUUAUCUUUUUAGAUGUUUAUGUUUGGCUUUUUUAGAUUCCACAAUUGCAAGCUCAGUCAAAUGCACAAAUACUCGACUAAUAUUCUAAAUUAUUUUUCUCCAAAACAAAAUCUUUUACGAACAAAUUUGAUUCGACAUAUUCGACUUGAUUUUUCAUCUUUAAUCAAUUUCUUAUUCGUUUGUAUCAUUAGUUACAGAACACAUCUUGUAUAUACUUAAAUAUAUAUACAUAAAAUAUCAUAGAUUAAACAUUAAUACUUCGUUAAACAAUUUUAACGAGAAAUAGGGCAUGAAUUUUUGUUUUUUCUUGCGUAAUAUCAGAUGAUAUAUAAUUCGUAUCGUUAUCUUCCUAUUAAUCAAUGAAAUAAUUAAUGAAUAUAGACAUUAUAGAGUGUAUUAUAAAAUCUAAACAAAUCUUCCUAGCAGUCAAUUAAAGUAUCAUCUUAUCAUUUUAAUUUUAAUUAAUUUUAAUUAAUUUUAAUUAAUUUUUAAUUAAUGAAUAAUUUUUUCAUUACUCUUAUCAGAGAGAUCUUCCAAUGAGUCUGCUUCAGUGUUUCAUCAUUAAAAAUAAUUUAAUAUAUUUAUUAUUAAAUUAAUCUUUCUAAGAUGAACAAAAUUGUCUUUUUUUCAAUUCGUCAAUAGAAAAACGCAUUGGUACAGUCGUAUUUACUCAUCUAUACGUGUAUACGUAAUUAUAGUAUUAAAAUAUUCCUAAUUUGAAUAACGUAUAAAAAUAAUGAUUAGAUAUACACGCGAAGUCUUGAUCGAAUAAAACGUAAGCAUGUUGUAAUAAUUCGAAAAAAUAUCCGAGCAAGUGUUAGCAAGUGCGAUCAUGAAUUUCUUUCCAUUGCAAUAUCUUUUUGUUUUUAUUUUAAUUACGAAGCAUAUAAAACGUCAUUAGUCGAUUUAAUGAGACGGCGUGCGAGAAUCGUGGAGAUCGAUAGUUCGGAUAGUUUAUUAUAUUUAUUUCCUUCUCCUUCUUCUUCUUCUUCUUCUUCUUCCUUCACAUUUAAUGAAUAUAAAUUGAAGAAUUUUAUUUUAUUUUAUUUUUCCAGGAAACAUUCAUAACGGCAUUAGUUAUGUUAAUUACAACGUUUUUAUAUGUAACAUUUUAAUCGACUGCUAGGAGUAAACCUAAAUUACUAAUUAACAUAAACUUUCAUAUAUUCCAAUCGUUAAUCGAAUGUUAAAUGAAAAUAUUCGAUGAAAAUGAAUACGAUCGACAGCAGUCUUCAUUGAUUGAAUUAUCAUUCGAUUGGAUCCUCUCGUAAUAUCACAAAUCGAUAUUUAAAUAGUUAUUAACAAUUUGUAAUGACAAAUUCACGAUAAUAAUAUAUGAUUUCAUUGAAUUAUAUGAAAAGUUUGACGCGUCUGAUCGGAAUACAAAAAAAAAAAAGCAAAAAAAAACAACAACAAAUAUUUCUCCAAUAUUUUUCGUAAUUUUUUUCCUUCCUUUUUUUUCUUUUUUUAGCCGAUCAUAAGAGUCAACCUAAUGAAUAGUUAGAGUAAAAAUUGUUCAAAGUACAAACGUUCAAACUUACUAAAAUUAAUAUUAUUAUUAUU